UAAACCACGAUCCUUUUUUCCCUUUAUAAUCCUCUCCAUUUUCAGCCAUAUUCUUAUUGACAGAACUUGUGCUCUCCUCGUGCUUACCUUCCGCAUUCUAGGGUUCUUCAAUUUUUCUUCUUCGAUUUUUUCAUCAGAAUUCAUAAACCAUGGGAAAGAGCUACCCAACCGUCAGUGAGGAUUACCAGAAAUCUAUUGAAAAGGCCAAGAGGAAGCUCAGGGCUUUGAUUGCAGAGAAGCAAUGUGCUCCUCUUAUGCUCCGUCUUGCAUGGCACUCUGCUGGUACCUUUGAUGUGAACUCAAAGACUGGAGGACCUUUCGGUACAAUUAGGCACCAGGCAGAGCUGGCUCAUGGGGCUAACAAUGGGCUUGACAUUGCCGUUAGGUUGUUGGAACCCCUCAAGGAACAAUUCCCCGAAAUUUCUUACGCUGACUUUUAUCAGUUGGCUGGUGUUGUGGCUGUUGAAGUCACUGGAGGACCUGAAAUUCCCUUCCACCCAGGCAGAGAGGACAAGCCAGAGCCACCCCAGGAAGGCCGUCUCCCUGAUGCCACCAAGGGUUGUGACCAUUUAAGAGAUGUCUUCAUCAAGCAAAUGGGUCUAACUGACCAGGACAUUGUUGCUCUCUCUGGAGGCCACACCUUGGGGAGGUGCCACAAGGAACGCUCUGGUUUUGAGGGAGCUUGGACUGCCAACCCUUUGGUCUUCGACAAUUCUUAUUUCAAGGAGCUCCUGAGUGGUGAGAAGGAAGGUCUCUUGCAGCUUCCAUCUGACAAGGCUCUUCUCUCUGACCCUGUCUUCCGCCCACUGGUUGAGAAAUAUGCAGCUGAUGAGGAUGCAUUCUUUGCCGACUAUGCUGAGGCGCACCUGAAACUUUCUGAACUUGGAUUUGCUGAUGCUUAAGCAGCUGGAAAGAGAUUGAUUGAAGGGUGUCCAAGAGACUAGCACCAGUGCAUCUUUUGUAUUUCAUUGCGUUUAGAAUGAUAUCGAGAAACUUUUUAGCACAGUGCGCAUAGGUUGCAAUAGGGAAUGCUUGGUAACCCUUCAUCACUUUUUGUUGAGUUUGAUGGAUUGGUGUGUAGGACUUCCAGUUUGUGGAUUGGUCAUGUUGCGUAUGUAAUAAAAUAUAUUUAACAGUUGCGGUUGCCUUAAUGUGCUUGGUAGUGUUUGGUAUUCCUUGCUUUUUAUGAUAGACCUUCUAUUGCACCAUGAUACUAUGAUGCCUUUUACAAAGUGGUAUCUUUUCGUAAAGUUUAAGAAAUUGUCUUCGGUGCUUAAGAUGGUCGUUUUCAGAAGGAAUGUAACAUUCUCUUUCCAAUGGCAA